GAGACAGCGAAUGUUUGGUGGCGUUCAAUUUCUCGCCGUUUGCAUGCGUUUGCUCCACUUGUCGUCGUAAACAUGGCGGACUUGUAUCUGUUCCUCGCUGAUGAGGGUAUGUGCGAAACUGAAGAAACUCGAGUGUUUCGCCAGCAUCGCGACGCUUUCACGGCACUCUCCGAAGAGGAAUUCAUCGUGAAGUUCCGGCUUUGCAAAGACGCCGUGAGAGAAGUGUGCGAAGCUGUGGCAGCGGAUUUGCAGAAACCGCAACAGUGGCGUAGCACCACGCUUCCUGUGGAACAAAGGGUGCUUAUGGCACUACGGUUCUUUGCUACGGGUGCGUUUCUGGGAAAUAUCGCAGAGGAGGAGGAUUUCCUGACAAGCAAGCGACCAGUGUCGGAGUCAAUUCAUGUCGUGAGCUCGGCCAUCAUCCAGAACUUGGCACCACGGUACCUGAAAUUCCCAGCGACCCCUGAGGAAAAGUUGAUUCUGAAGCGGCAGUUUUACGAAAUUGCAGGCAUACCUGGCUGCCUUGGUGCAAUCGAUGGAACAAUGAUUGCUAUCAUUGCACCGAGCACAAAGGACAAACUCUUUGUGGAGGGCAACUAUUAUUGCCACAAAGGAUAUCACACACUCAAUGUGCUUGGGGUCAAAUCAUAUAUGGUGAAAUAG